AUGAUUGACUAUCUCUGUCACAGGAGGAUGUGGAAAAAUCAAACACUGAUCAUAGAAUUUAUCCUUCUGGGAUUUCCCAUCAGGCCAGAGAUACAGAUAUUCCUUUUUGUACUCUUCUCCUUGUUCUAUGCUGUCACUCUUCUGGGGAAUGGCAUCAUCCUGGGACUCAUCUGCCUGGACUCUCAUCUCCAUAUUCCCAUGUACUUCUUCCUCUCACAUCUGGCCAUUGUUGACAUGUCCUAUGCCUCAAAUAAUGUACCGAAGAUGCUUGCAAACCUACUGAACAAGGACAGAGCCAUUUCCUUUGCUCCCUGCAUAAUACAAAUAUUUUUGUAUUUGGCCUUUGCCCAUGUGGAGUGUCUCAUCUUGGUGGUGAUGUCCUAUGAUCGUUACGUAGCAAUCUGCCAUCCCCUCCGAUAUACUGUCAUCAUGAGCUGGAGAUUGUGUACUACUCUGACCAUUGUUUCCUGGGCAUUCAGCUUCCUCCUUGCCCUGGUCCAUGUGGUUCUCAUUUUGAGACUGCCCUUCUGUGGACCCAGGGAAAUCAACCACUUCUUCUGUGAGAUCCUGUCUGUGCUCAAGCUUGCCUGUGCUGAUACUGGACUUAACCAGAUUGUUAUCUUUACAGCCUGUGUAUUCAUAUUAGUUGGCCCUCUCUGCUUAGUCUUGAUCUCCUACAUGCGCAUCCUCUGUGCCAUCCUGAGGAUCCAAUCUGGAGAAGGAAGAAAGAAAGCAUUCUCUACCUGCUCCUCCCACCUCUGUGUAGUUGGACUCUUCUUUGGCAGUGCUAUCAUAAUGUACAUGACCCCUAACUCCAGCCAUCCUGAAGAGCAACAGAAAAUCCUCUCUCUGUUUUAUAGCCUUUUUAACCCUAUGUUGAAUCCUUUGAUCUAUAGCCUGAGGAAUGCAGAGGUGAAGGGUGCUCUGAGGAGAGUGUUGGGGAAGGAAAACCAUUCCCAAAAUAUGUGA